CUCCAAUGCAUUUAAAUCAUUCUCCGCUGGUAAACGGUAAACCAAACAGACCCUAAAACGACGGUCUCUAAAUCGAUUACGAAACGAACUCGAGACAAUUAUCUACGAAAAUUCAUCCCAAUUCCCAAGUCGUCCCAUUUUCAACUCUGCAAUUUUCCUUCAAUUCACUUUGCUUUACUCAGUCGCAUCCAUAGACUUCCAUACAUUUCCACACCGCCUGCUGCUAAACGAAGCCAUUCUAGAUCUUGUGAGGGAUGGCGGAGGAGAUCAGUCACCCGUCGAGGUACGUCAAACUGACGAAAGAACAAGCGCCACCGACGGAGGAUAUUAAUCCCGGCGAGCUUAAUCUGCCCAUUGAUGUUCCUCAAUUGCACGUCCCCAAGUGCAAUGAAUGUGGACAGCCAUUGCCAGAAAGCUAUCGAGCUCCUGCAGAUGAACCUUGGAAUACAGGGAUUUUUGAAUGUGCUCAAGACCCGGAAAGUUGUCGGACGGGGUUAUUUUGCCCAUGUGUCUUGUUUGGCCGCAACAUUGAGCAACUGAAAGAGGAUACUCCAUGGACUGGGCCAUGCAUCUGCCAUGCCAUUUUCAUAGAGGGUGGACUUGCCUUUGCUGCGGGGACAGCAGCACUGCACGGUUUAAUUGACCCAAGGACUAUAUGCCUGAUAACUGAGGGACUGUUUUUCAGUUGGUGGAUGUGCGGAAUAUAUACUGGCAUAGUCAGACAGUCGCUACAGAAGAAAUAUCAUCUCAAGAAUUCGCCGUGCGAUCCUUGCAUGGUGCACUGCUGUUUGCACUGGUGUGCCAUAUGCCAAGAGCACAGGGAACUGAGAAGCCGCCUAUCAGACGACACUCCAAUGCCUAUGACGAUAGUCAAUCCGCCUCCCGUCCAAGAAAUGAACGCCUCGAAUGCCAGCCAACAAUCAGCAACACUUAAUUUAGGAGAACGAGUUAAUGUAGAGAUGCAGGCUUUGUAGAAAUUUGCCAUCAACAGAAAUAUGCUGCUUGUAGAUUUACUUCCAAACGGGCUUAUGAAGGUUGAGAACUUGAGAUCCAUCAUGUCAUUUAACUUUAGGAAUCCAAGUGAUUUUGCGUUUUGAGUCCGUAUUGUGGCUAUAUUGUCAAUGGGGACAAUUUUAUGAUCUAGGCUGAAGUGACCAAAUUAUAGGAGUGCAUUUACUUUGAUAAUUGUUUGAAACUUACAUGUUUA